AUGGCUUCAAAAUAUUAUUUUGAAAUAGCCUUUAUAUUAAUUCUUAUUUUUAUGUGCACUAAUGGUGAUGAUAAGGUGUUUAAUGUUCUUGAUUAUGGUGCUAAUACAGAUGGAGAAACAGAUAAUAGUAAGGCAUUUUUAAGUGCUUGGAUGGAUGCAUGUCAAUGGGAUGGACAAGCAAAAUUAUUGAUACCAUUAGGGGAAUAUAUGUUAUAUGCUACAAAUUUUAGUGGACCAUGCAAAGGUUCAUCAAAUUUAAAUUUUCAAAUUCAAGGGAAUAUUAAAGCUCCAAUUGAUCCAAAAUUAUUUUGCAAUAAAUCAUUUUGGAUUUCUUUUCAAAAUGUUAAUAGUUUAGAGAUUGAAGGUGAUGGAAUUUUAGAUGGACAAGGGGCUUAUGCUUGGAACAAUUCCCAAUGCAAUAUCCGUCCUUCGACAUUGGCAUUAGAUUUUAUCGAAAAUGCAAUUGUGCGCGAUAUACAUUCUAUCAAUAGCAAGGGUUUCCAAAUCGACGUAUUUAGAAGCAAUAAUUUGACAUUUAGUCACGUUAACAUAACAGCCCCAGGCGAUAGCCCUAACACCGAUGGUAUUCACAUAGGCUUCUCCACAAAUAUAAAUAUUUUUGAUUCCGUCAUUGGAACUGGAGACGAUUGUAUAUCUAUGAUCGCGGGUAGCCAGCACAUCAACAUUUCAGGGGUCACUUGUGGUCCUGGUCAUGGUAUAAGCAUCGGUAGCUUAGGGAAGCUACCGAAUGAAGAAGUUGUCAAGGACAUACGCGUCAGAAACUGCACUCUCACCGCUACUCAGAACGGGGUCAGGAUUAAGACCCGGGCACCAUCAGAUUCUGGCAGCGCUACGACUAUAAGUUUCGAGGAUAUUAUCAUGAACGAUGUUAGAAACCCUAUAUUUAUUGAUCAACAUUAUUGUACAUCACGUCCUUGCGAAGCGAUCAAUGAGGAAAGCUCAGUGCAAAUCAAAGAUGUGACAUUCAAUAAUAUACAAGGAACAUCAAGUUCAAUAGUAGCAAUUACAUUAAAUUGUAGUGCUACAUAUCCAUGUAAAGAAAUCAAAUUUAAUGAUAUUAACUUAGUAUACAAUGGCCUUGAUGGACAUGAGAUUUCAUCUUGUGAUAACGCUGAGGGGACUGCAACAGGCAAGGAGGUGCCUCCGAGUUGUUUAAAGUCGACUUCUGAUUCAUCAGCCUGA